AUGGCACGGGUGGGAGAAGGAGAUCCUCGGUGGAUAGUGGAUGAUCGAAAGGAUGGACACAAUGUCAAUGCGUGGCACUGGGAGGAACGUGAUCUUUCAGGCGAGUGCCAUGAGGAGCUCAAGCGACGUCUAAAAAAUUUUACGCUUUUGAAGGAAGACAACAUUGAGUUACGCGUUGAAGAAUUGAGUGAUAUCAGCGGUGAUGUAACAGUGGCUCAACGAAAGGGAAAGAUGAUGUGCUAUUUUGAGCUCAAGCUAACUUUGAAAUGGUCUGCUGGGGGCGAUGUUUCCGGGAAACUUACGGUGCCGGAGGUGGAUCACGAUAACUUCCGCGAUGAAUACGACAUUACUGUCAGUGUUACUGAGAACGACGCGGCGUCGCAAAAGGCAGACGCAUUAAUGCGGUCCAAAGGACGAGCUGCCGUACGGAAUGUCAUUACGAAUUACUUCAACGGGCUCUUUGAGACGUACCAGAUUGGCAAAAACCUCAAGAAUGCCUCUUCCUUACCUCCACCAGCCACAAAAAAGGAGACAACCCCUGUUGGUGGUAAUGUGAAGAGUGGUGCCACGGCGACAGAUUCCAAAGACACGGAAGCGACAAGCUUUUCGUGGAAGAUGCGCUGGAGAAUUCCUGUUGAAGAGCUUUUUACGGUUCUCAUGAAUGAAGAGCGCGCAUCGGUGUACACGCGGGCUCAGGCGAAGAUUGAUCCCCGAUCUGGUGGAACGUUUGAGUUUCUUGGAGGGGUUAUCAGCGGCUUUUUUGUUGAGGUGGUGCCGAAUGCUAUGAUUAAGAUGCAGUGGAGGCUCCGUAGCUGGCCAAGCGGUGUACACAGCUCCGUGGUGAUGGCACUGAAGAAGGAGGAACCCGGUGUGGUGACACUUGAAUUUGCACAGGUUGGUAUACCUGAGGGUGAGUUGCAGGUUGUACAGGAAGGAUGGAGGGCAAAUUUCUUUGAUGCCAUUAAGAUGGUGUUUGGUUAUUCCAUGGAGUAUAUUUGA